AUGUCUUCCCACUCCUCUAGUCCGAGCUCUGAACGAAGCUAUAGUGAACCCAGCUCAUCCGUGACGUCCUUCUGUCCGUCGAGAGCACCAUCUCCUUUGGAGCCUCUCUGGUCCCCAUCCGUCAACACCACGAGCAGUUCAUCAUCGCUAGAUGCUGCAACUGGUUAUGUGAUCGUUUUUGGCCCGCAACCGACCUUGCUUGACAGCCAGUCCCUCUUACAGCUAUCGAAAGCAGCUGGUGGUUUGGGCCAACACGUUCUCAACGAAGCAUGGUCGGCUUUUCGUCAAGAACUCAAGACAGCACAUGCUGCAAGUGAAAUGGGUAUCGCCAAUCUGCCCAUACCCUCUACUCUUUCCGAAUUCUGCGAUCUAUGCAAUCCGUACCAGCCGCAACAGGCGGUGCGUAAUCUCUUGCACCUCCUGAUUCAGUCGCUCACCGUUUUGGCAAUCGUUGAGGCCGGCAGCAUAGACAUCGGUCUGCUCUUGUCAGCCCAAGACGUCGACUCCUCGAUCGUAGCCAGUGUAGGCCUAUGCAGCGGCUCUUUGGCUGCCUACUGUUUUGCCACCUCUUCUUGCGCUUCCGAACUGGUUCACCGGUUGGUGCAAACCAUGCGUCUCGCAUUUUGGAUGGGCCUUCGCGUCACUCAAGCUGCUCUCGACCACUCGAUCCAAAGCAACGACAAUCUGUGCUCCAUAGAUGAUCCGUGGUGUCUUUUCGUCCAAGGCUGCUCGCUGGCAGAGAUGCAGCUGCAUCUUCACCGUUUCUCCAUUCAAGAGGCCAAUAUCCAAACUGUGGCCCAAGAAAGGCAGCUUCCAUGGAUUGCCAUCGUCUUUAACCACCAGCGUGUCUCGAUCGCCGGUCCACCCGAGUCACUUACUCGCUUUCGAGCCUUCUUGAAACACCAGACAGGGGGCACGUCGCUUGUACUCCGAGCAGUGUCGCUUCAUGCUCCCUAUCACUCUGAACUCUGGCUCUCUCGCGCUGUCCGAAUGCUUCGAAGCGAUCUUGUUUCGAGAAAAUUAAGCUUGGUCUCUUCUUCAGACCUCGUCUGUCCGCUAUUUGAUAAUGCCAGCGGAGAGGCGAUCGAUAGUACAACCCUCGGUAUACACCUAUCCGACUCCAUUAUCAGCUCCAUGCUACUCGGCACAGCUAGAUGGGAUCUCAUCCUGAAAAACCUCCCCGAGACAAUUCUGAAAGAACGAGGUGGAACUCUACGUAGGUUGGUGCUUAUCAAUGCUGGUCCUGACCACCGGCUUGCCAAAGAUGUGGUUCGAGCUUUGCAUGGUUCCUCGAGCGCAACUCGGUCCGACGCCCCAACGAAUGUCAAGACUCUUGAUUACAACGCAUCAUCCAUCACAAACCCUUCCUGUCAACAAAAAGGCACGCUUGCGAUACGCACAGAAGCUACCCCUUCCGCACCACAUUCAGUGCGUUUCUUUGGCCUGUCUGGGGACAGCUUGGAAGAGUGUAACAGAGCCAACGCCCUUCUGCAACACUAA